AUCGCAUUAUAAUCGAGGAAAAUUAAUUGCAUAGUUAAUGCAAUUUGUAUUUGUGUGCUUAAGUAUUUGUUGGUCAGAUAAACUCUUUUUGACCGUUUCAUCUGUCAGUACUCAAUGGUAUUAGUAUGUGAUAUUAUUGCGAAGUCAGUCAUUUUUAUUCUGGAAGUAGUAGGUAGUAUUUCUUACACAAACUUUUCAACAUCCGAUAAUUACGUUACUUUUAUGUUUUAAAAUUUUAAUCCUUUUUGUUCAAGACUGUAAGUAAACAUGGCGGCUACGCUACGGUUUUUGGUUCUGCUAUUGCUUCUUUCAUUGUCCGCAUUUGCUACUACCGCGGAAGAUCAUGACGAUGUGACCGUUGAAAGCGACCUUUUCCCGCAACGCACGGGAUGUUCCGCUGAUGCUCUGAAAGAUAAAACACUUGGAGAAAACCCUGACCUUUUCGAAGAAAACAGCAGCAAUCAUCCUUCCUCAUCCGAAACCGAAGACAGCACGACAUCAAGCAAAAAGCCGAAAAGUGCCGCUCGAAAAGAGGCAGAAGCGUAUUUAGCGCAAGAAAAGCGCCGAGCGGCAGUAGAGAAACUACUCAAUGAACUUCCGGAAGAAAAAGGCGUGUUGGUUCUAAAUGCAAGCAAUUUUGACACCGCUGUCGCCACGUUUCCUGAUCUUAUUGUUGAAUUCUACGCUCCUUGGUGUGGUCAUUGCAAGAAGCUGGCACCUUUGUAUGCUCAAGCAGCGACGAAACUUCGAGAAAACGCAAUAAGCACAGUUCUGGCAAAAGUUGAUGCCACAGCCGAUAAAGAGCUGUCCAAGAAACACGGCAUCAAAGCAUUCCCCACCAUAAAGUACUUCCACGACGGAGAAUUUCUGGCACAUUAUUCUGGUGAACAGACGAGUGAAGCGCUGUACGACUUCGGCAUCCGAGCUGUGAAACCGGUGGUGAUUCUGAACACAAUGGAAGAGCAGAGGGCGGUGCAUGACAUUCCGGGGUGGCGUGCAAUUGGUUCGUUUCCAUCUGGCAACAGUACCGCCUUCGAGAAAGCCGCGCGUAUGGUGGAUGGUGUCUAUUUCGGAAUGGCUGGAGCAGCGGCGCUUCAGGACAUUGAUCAAACGGAUGACAUUGUGGCUGUGGCCAACGGCAGAAAGCCUCCAGUUAUGUACAGUGGUGAUGUGUACAACAGCAGCCAACUGGCUGAAUUCAUACGCGAAGCAACUAUUGAUCCUGUGUCCGAAUUAAAGGACACGAAUGUUCGGACUUUACUGGCUGGCAAAAUUCGUAAAUUCUUCUUCUUCACGGGAUCUCCCGAAGAUGCCGCGUAUAAGCGUUUAAAGCGAGCUACCAAGAAGUUAUCUCCUGAGUUCCACGGAACACUGCGGUUUAUCUUUAGCGAAACCCCAAAAAUAAGACCUUUGAAAAGGUUAUUUUCCGAGUCACAAAAAGAUGUUCUCGUGGAAUUCUAUUCUCCUCACUGUGGAGCCUGUCAAGCAUUGGAGCCGAUCUACAAUUUCUUAGCCGAAAAAUUCCAGAAUGAUGAAAGCAUCAUAAUUGCUAAGCUGGAUGUUACCGAAAAUGAUUUGGACAACGUCGAGAUUUCUAAUUACCCAACAAUACAUCUGUAUCGCAGAGGUGAGAAAGUGCCGGUUGUAUUUCGAGAAGGUCAGACGUUUAAAAAGCUUGCGGAUUUUGUCAAAACGCGCGGUGAGAAGGCCAAACAGGGAAAGCACGGCUGAGCAGGCAAAGAAAGACGAACUAUAAAAACUUGAAAGCGGUGCAUAGGACUAGGAUCAUGACCAAACGAAGCAUAUGUGCGCAAUAUUAUGUCCAAUAAUAACCAGUACAGUACCACUCCGGCUUACCGAUAUUUGCGUCUUUGUAAUUGUCGACGGUUGCAUUAAAAUUAACUGUGUCG